AUGGAUCAACGUCGACGCUGCAGUCCUGAACGCUCAAGUCUUCCCAACCACUCAUUCAGUCAUAUAACCAUGAAUUUCGUCAUGCAUAUCAUCCCUGACCCGGCAGCAGUCCUCCGCGAUACACUCCGCAUUCUUCGACCUGGUGGCCUUGUAGCAUUCGUUGUGCCGCAUGCCAGUAACGGUCAUGAUGGUGGAUGGGUACCGGACCUCCGAUCAGCACUCGAAUCUCUCCCCUUCCAGACGUCGUUUCCAGACCCGAUGCCGGUCGCACUUCACGGUAAGCCAGAAUGGGUAGAACCUGAAGGCAUUAAAACGGAGAUGGUUCGUCACGGCUUCGUUGACACCAAGGUCGAAACUGUUGAUCUCAUCCAUCCCGUUGCCAAUGCCGAGGGCUUCUUAGCCUCAUUUGGAAUGAUGGUUAAGUGGAUAAUCAACAUGUAUUGGACUGUGGAGCAGAAGGAUCAGUAUGAAGAUGGCUUCAAUAAGAUGUUGGUCGAGCAUCUCCAGAUCAAGCAUGGUGGAAAUGGCUGGGACCUCAAAUCAACAGUUAUACUUGUUACGGCUCAGACACCGCAUUAG